AUGUUGAGGAAGAAAAUUGUAGACCUGCACCAGGCUGGGAAGAGUGAAUCUACAAUAGGCAAGCAGCAUUUCUCGGCUGUGAGUGGGGCCUUCAUGGAUUCCCCGUACAAUGGCAACACGUCCUUGCAGACGUCCACCUCCAACCUCAAUGCCGGCUAUUCCAGACAAUCAGAAGCAGAGGAUGAUGGAAAAGUUUCCAGUGACACCAUUUGGCUUUGGAUCGCUGUGCUAGCAACCAUUGGCAACAUAGUGGUGGUGGCUGUGGUCUGUGCCUGUGCCUUCUGACAAGAUGGAAGCAAAACUACUGCUGCUGUUGGAU